ACUAUCUCGGCCAGAAGUAAUUGAUGUUCAAGCAAUCGAUGAAGUAGUACUCUUUCAAAUAUAUUUUGGAAAUUAUCAUUUGCGGAAAUUGGUGUAUUACUGCAUUCACUAUGACCGACGGUGAAAACAUUAACAUCAACCUGAGAAUCCCGUUCCCCACCAAACGUGAAGCCGAGGUAGCGUUUAAUGUGCUGCGAGUCGACAGCGAACCUAAGCGCAGUUUCAUCGGAAAAACCCUGGAACUUAGUAAUAACAUCCUGGUGGUGAGAAUAUUUGGGGAGCACGCCAAGCACGUGCGUGUCGGAUUGACUUCAUUCUUCGAUUCGCUAAUCCUUUGCUGCGAAACACUCGACCAAUUCGGACCACCCGUUUCGGAGCAGUACACACACUAUUAG